GUCGCCGAGCCGCAGUCGCGCUGCUGCUGCCGGAAGCGAACGGCGCCGAGGACCGGCUCCGGCUCUGCCUGCAGCAGCCCGUGUGCCACCCCCGCCCUCCGGGGGUGAGCAGCGCACUCCUGGCCUGGCUCUGGGGCGGUUGGACCACGUUCGCGUCCAUCGUUCUCCCUGUGCUGGUUGCAGCUGUGGAGCAGUGGACAGCGAAGAGCAGGCGGGCGCGGGGCGUCAGGCGGGAGGCAUGGAUAUAGACGCGGAGAGAGAGAAGAUAUCCAAGGAGAUCAAGGAGCUAGAGAGGAUUUUGGAUCCAGGCUCUUCGGGCAUCAAUGAGGACGUCUCAGAGUCGAGUCUGGAUUCGGAUUCUGAGGCAGAGUCACUGCCGGACGACGACGCGGACGCUACUGGCCCCCUGCUCUCGGAGGACGAGCGGUGGGGAGAUGCCAGCAACGACGAGGACGACGCAAAGGAGCGGGCCCUGCCCGAGGACCCCGAGACCUGCCUGCAGCUGAACAUGGUCUACCAGGAGGUGGUCCGCGAGAAGCUGGCCGAGGUCAGCCUGCUGCUGGCCCAGAACCGGGAGCAGCAGGAGGAGGUCUCGUGGGCCCUGGCGGGGUCUGGAGGCCGCAGGGUGAAGGACGGCCGGAGCCCGCCCGUGCGCCUGUACGUGGGGCACUUCAUGAAGCCCUACUUCAAGGACAAGGUCACCGGGGCGGGGCCUCCUGCCAACGAGGACACGCGGGAGAAGGCCGCCCAGGGCGUCAAGGCCUUCGAGGAGCUUCUGGUGACCAAGUGGAAGAGCUGGGAGAAGGCCCUGCUCCGGAAGGCCGUGGUGAGCGACCGCCUGCAGCGUCUGCUUCAGCCCAAGUUGCUGAAGCUGGAGUACCUGCAGCAGAAGCAGAGCCGGGCGACGAGUGACGCGGAGAGGCAGGCCCUGGAGAAGCAGGUCCGCGAGGCCGAGAAGGAGGUGCAGGACAUCAGUCAGCUGCCAGAGGAGGCCUUGCUCGGCCACAGGCUGGACAGCCACGACUGGGAGAAAAUUGCCAACGUGAACUUCGAAGGCGGCCGCAGCGCGGAGGAGACCCGCAAGUUCUGGCAGAACCACGAGCACCCGAGCAUCAACAAGCAGGAGUGGAGCGCGCAGGAGGUGGACCAGCUGAAGGCCAUCGCGGCCAAGCACGGCCACCUGCGGUGGCAGGAGAUCGCCGAGGAGCUGGGGACCCGCCGCAGUGCCUUCCAGUGCCUGCAGAAGUACCAGCAGCACAACGCAGCCCUGAAGCGCAGGGAGUGGACGCAGGAGGAGGACCGCAUGCUCACCCAGCUGGUGCAGGCCAUGGGUGUCGGCAGCCACAUCCCCUACCGGCGCAUCGCCUACUACAUGGAGGGGAGGGACUCCACGCAGCUCAUCUACCGCUGGACCAAAAGCUUGGACCCCGCCCUGAAGAAGGGGCUCUGGGCCCCAGAGGAGGACGCGAAGUUGCUCCAGGCAGUUGCCAAAUACGGGGAGCAGGACUGGUUUAAAAUCCGGGAGGAGGUGCCAGGUAGGAGCGAUGCCCAGUGCCGAGAUCGGUAUCUCCGGAGGUUGCGGCUGAGCUUGAAGAAGGGACGAUGGAGCGCCCAAGAAGAGGAAAGGCUCCUUGAGCUGAUAGGAAAACACGGCGUGGGUCACUGGGCGAAAAUAGCCUCUGAGCUCCCACACCGGACAGACUCCCAGUGCCUGAGCAAGUGGAAGAUCAUGGCCAGGAAGCAGCAGAGCCGGGGCAGGCGGCGGCGGCGGCGGCCGCUUCGCAGGGUGUGCUGGAGCUCCAGCAGCGAGGACAGCGGGGACAGUGGGGACAGCGGGGGCUCCAGCAGCAGCUCCAGCAGCAGUGAGGACGUGGAGCCGGAGGGAGCCCCAGAGGCCCGGGCGGAUGGCCAGGCGCCGCCAUCGGUGCAGCACCCCGUGCCGGACAUGGACCUGUGGGUUCCCACCAGGCAGAGCGCCAGGGUGCCGUGGGGAGUGGGGCCGGGGGCCUGGCCCGGCCACCGCAGCGCCUCCCCCAGGCCUCCCGAGGGCUCCGACGUGGCCCCAGGAGAGGAGACGGGCCGGGCCCAGGCCCCCUCCGAGACCCCAAGCACCAGCCUGAGAGGCGGCGGGUGCCCACGCUCGGCGGAUGCGCGCCCCUCGGGCUCCGAGGGUCUGGCGGACGAGGGGGCGAGGCGUCCGCUCAGGGUGCCCCUGGAGACAGUGCUGCGCGUGCUCAGGACCAACACGGCCGCCCUGUGCCGGGCACUGAAGGAGAAGCUGCGGCGGCCUCGCCUGCUCGGCUCACCCCUGGGGCCCAGCCCCAGCGAUGGCAGCGUGGCCAGGCCCCGCGUGCAGCCGCGGUGGCGCCGGAGACACGCCCUGCAGAGGAGGCUCCUUGAGCGCCAGCUUCUGAUGGCCGUGAGCCCGUGGGUGGGCGACGUCACCCUGCCGUGUGCGCCUUGGAGGCCCGCCGUGCUGCACAGGCGAGCCGAUGGCAUCGGGAAGCAGCUGCAGGGCGCCCGCCUGGCCAGCACCCCCGUGUUCACCCUCCUCAUCCAGCUGUUCCGGAUCGACACGGCCGGCUGCAUGGAGGUCGUUCGGGAGAGGAGGGCCCAGCCGCCUGCCCUGCCAAGCGGGGGGAGGGUGCCCUCGAGUGCCCGGAAUAGCCCAGGCCACCUCUUCCAGAACGGGUCAGCCCGAGGAGCAGCAAAGAAGAGUGCCAGCCACAGCGGGGGCACCGGGCCUCAGUCCCCACCAGCUCCAAGCGGACCCCGGCCCAAGCCCAAAACUGUGUCUGAGCUGCUUCGCGAGAAGCGUCUGCGAGAGGCCCGGGCCCGGAAGGCCGCCCAGGGCCCCGCGGUCCUCCCGCCCCAGCUGCUGCUCUCCUCGCCCGCGAUCCUCCAGCCGCUGCCCGCCCAACAGCUCCCGGGCUCCGGCGCCGUGCUCUCUGGGCCUGGGGGCCCGGCAGUAGCCAGUCCAAGUGCUCCAGGCCCCUGGGCCUCAGCCGAGGAGGGACCCCCAGCCCUGCACGCCUUGGCCCUCGCUCCGGCCUCCAUGGCAGCUGGCGUGACCCCUGCUGCCCCCAGGGCCCCAGCUCUGGGCCCCAGCCAGGUCCCUGCGAGCUGCCACCUGAGCAGCCUCGGACAGUCGCAGGCACCAGCCACGUCUCGGAAGCAGGGCCUGCCCGAAGCACCGCCUUUCCUCCCUGCAGCCCCCAGCCCCGUUCAGCUGCCUGUUCAGCCCCGCAGCCUAACGCCGUCUCUGGCUGCACACACGGGCGCGUCCCACGUGGUGGCCAGCACCCCUCUGCCCGUUACGUGGGUGCUCACAGCCCAGGGGCUGCUCCCUGUGCCAGCUGUGGUGAGCCUUCCCAGGCCAGCAGGGCCUCCUGACCCCGAGGGGCUGUCGGGGACACCUCCUCCUUCCCUGACGGAGACGCGGGCAGGCCAGGGCCCCAAGCAGCCCCCAGCCCACGUGAGUGUGGGGCCCGAUCCCCCUCCCAAGACACCCCCCACAGCCCACAGCCCUGCAGAGGGGCACGGUGAUGUGGCCCACGGCCCUGGGGGACCGUCCUGCCCCGGAGAAGCCCAGGUGGCUGGGGAGACAUCUGUACCCAGGACGUUGUCCCCGGCCAAGCCCCUGGCCGACCACCCUGAGGCCGAGCCUUGUGGGUCCAGCCAGCUGCCUCUGCCGGGUGGCCUUGGCCCAGGAGGGGCACCCACGAGGCAUCAGGGCCUGGAGAGGCCACCCCCACCCUGGCCUGGGCCUGAGAAGGGUGCCCCGGACUUGCGCCUCCUGUCCCAGGAGAGCGAGGCGGCCGUGCGGGGGUGGCUGACAGGGCAGCGGGGGGUGUGCGUGCCCCCACUGGCGGGCAGGCUCUCCUACCAGCCCCCCACGCUGUGCAGCCUGCGGGCGCUGUCUGGCCUCCUGCUCCACAAGAAGGCCUUGGAGCACAGGGCUGCCUCCCUGGUGCCCAGCGGGGCAGCCGGAGCCCAGCAGGCCCCCCUGGGGCAGGUGAGGGAGCGGCUCCAGUCCAGCCCGGCCUACCUGCUGCUGAAGGCACGGUUCCUGGCGGCCUUCGCCCUGCCCGCGCUCCUGGCCACCCUGCCGCCCCACGGCGUCCCCACCACCCUGUCGGCAGCCGCGGGGGUGGACUCCGAGAGCGACGACGACAGCCUGGAUGAGCUGGAGCUCGCUGACGACGGCGGACGGCUGGGGGGCUGGCCCAGUGGACGCCAGGCGGGGCCCGCAGCCCCCACCCCCACUCAGGGAGCACCAGGCCCUGGUGAGGGCUCGGCACCCCCCAGCCUGGAUUCUGACGACCUUGACAUACUCAGAACCCGGCACGCCUGGCACGCCCGGAAGCGGAGGCGGCUGGUGUGAGCGGUGGGGGAUUGCCCUAGGGCGACGCCCACUGCUGCGGCCCGGAGGAGGUGGGCCCGGGGCCCCCGCUGACCCCCUGACCCGCAGAAGAAAGGCUCUGCCAGCAGCGACCACGUCAUGACGUGCGCAUCAGAGCAGCGGAGGGGCAAAGACAUGGGGGGGCUCCCUGGGGGGCAGCAGCUGGGUCACCGCCAUGGCACAGAUUCAAGUCCUUGGCCUAGGAACUGCCCCAGCCGCAGGUGCAGCCAACAAAUAAAUAAUUUUUGUAGAAGUCCUGUUGGG